CUAUGCUGACAGCUUUUCCACCCACGUAUUGCAAACGUGGCUUUGUGCCAUGGAGGUAUUUUGGGAUUAUAAAGCGUACUGCGAGUUUGUAGGGUUGCGUAUGAGAAAAGGUGCCUUCUAGAUCUUGAAAUACGUAGGUUGUAAGGAGACUGGGGGCGUAGGGGACUUCUUUGUAAAUCCCAAGGCUCGGAGGAGAUGGAUCCCCAUCUGUCAUUCACCUGCUUUUAUUUAUUCCACUGAAAACCAGGCAAUGUUUUCAGACAACCUGUAUCUACAGAAAUAGAAUACUCUGAAAUCCCCCAAAGUUUUGGCAGCGCUUUUAUUGUGGGCAGUUACUCAUUCACACACCUGGUACGUACUGUUGGUCCUGUUAUUGUAAGGCAUUCCCAAACAAUCCUGCAGGGAAAAUAAACUGCAGGGAGAGAUACAGGAAAUUAACCAUAACAAAACGCAAAAGGUUUCUUCAUCUGUCAAGUGUAUUGCAAUAUUCAGUGAGUUACUGUACUCAGCUGAAGAUGAAAUUGGAUGGAGUAUGUGUGUAAUGCUACUGCAGCUCGUUGAGCCACUGCCUGCAAAUACACCCAAAGCCAGUCCUUGCUGUAAGGCUGUGCUCCUUGCUGUCGGUCUGGGACCACCACGUGGAUCAGGCAGGGCAGCACUGAUUGUGGAGGAGGACAGCCAGGAGCUGGGGUUGUUCUCAGUCAUCCCUGUGCUCAGGCAGCCAGCUGUGGAAUCCAAAGGUUUGCACUGUUGUCACAAAUUUUUUUAUGCCACAAAUGCUGAUGCAGCAGCAAAAGCCGCUAUCAGGGGUCUCACCACAUCAUAGGAAUGGAGAAGAGAAAGAGCAGAAAUCCAGAGAAGUGCUGUUAGUGACCAGUAACCACCAGCGCAUGGCAGAUGGCUCUUGUGAAGCCAGCAAGGCUCUGGCUUCUCUAGACUGCCUGUAGUGGAGGGGCAGUAAUUCAUCGGUGAUGUCUGCAGCAGCCCUCAGCUCGCUUUGCUGGUUGGAUUUUGGGGUUUGGGGCUUUGUUUUGUUUCGGUCUUUUAUGAAGUUACUUCCAAAGAAAAGAUAUAAUAGAAUAUGACAGCAUAUGUUGAGCAUAAAAGCUAUCACGUUCCUCUGGGAGCUGUUGGAGGAGAAGUAGUCGAGCCGCUGAAAUGCAACCCCACCACUACCAUGAGUGCCCACCAGCAGCUCAGAUCUCUGCGGUCGUGCUGGGCAGGUCUCAGGGAACCAAAGGGACAAGUGACUUUUGUCCCUGGCCAGCAGAAAGCCACCGGGCAGGGAGACAAGCUCUGCCUCUGUUUCACCCUCAGGCUGCCAGCGGGCCAGGGAACAAGUCCUCCCAGCACCUUGCACUGCGUGCUGCCACGCUGUCCUUGUGUCACAGCAGGGCAGCCUGGCUCCACCACUGGCUCCUUCAGUGUCAUAAGGAGGGGGAACAGUCCUGCUCCAUCAGUGGAGCACUGGCUCAGCAGCCUUUAUCUCUAGGCUGAGAGUGGGGAUUUGUGAGCCUGAAAUUCAAAGUGAAACUGGUGGAUGCGAGUGCCAUGGGAACCAGAGCAAGCUGGAGGUUUACACAGAUCCCCGUAGGGUUGGGGCUGCCGAGUUUCAUAUGGUGCUAGAAAAAAAAUAGUGUCUCUGGAAUAAAAAUCUGUCUGUGUCUUGAGGCAACUGUGGGCACCUCCAGCCAGCACCUGAUUCACUCCUGAACAGUUACCUGCGAGGCAUCUCAGCUGGCAGACACUUGUCCGAGGCGCCCGAGGCCGCAUGGGCUGUUUUCAGUUUAAUCUAUUUUUAAUGUGGCGCCUUAUUCCAAACUGCUGAGUUCUCACAUUUCCAAGCCGUCAUGGUAAUAGGAUUGUGCAGCCUUAUUGGCUAGAGUUUUCCACCCCCAGUGCCAAACAUUAGGCUCCUAAAUCCAUAUUUAAAUGCCUAAAUGAGGCUGACGAAUCCUGCAGGAGUCAGUAGGAACUGGACGUGGUCUGCCCCUUGGAAAAUAACCAGGCCAUUGGGUGUGUGAGCAAAGCUUUGCUGUAGGCACCCAAAUGUUCAGGUGUGGGCCACUGUGCAAGUUGUUUGAGCCUAGCUACAAGUGCUGUAUCCCCGGUACCUGAACGGCUCCAAUAUGGGGCACACUGCUAUGAGGGGUGAACCUUCACAGCCUGCUGAUGUGUGAAGCCUUCUGAAGGGGCACUGGAGUUGUGUUUUUAUGCAGAAUGGCUGUGUGUGUCAGUGUGAAGGACAGAGGUGAGAUGAGUGCAGGCUGGAGCCUUGUUGGGAAUUUGGAAGUGGGAUACUCUGAGAAUCGUAGCAAGUGCCCAUCCUUUGCAUUGACUUUGUGUCUGCACUACUUCCGUACCCGUGAUCUAACACUGCAUAUUUUUACUCUGCUACCUCCUUCUGCUAUUUCUAUUUGUAGCACCCUGCUAGACUUGUUUCCAAGCCAAUCCAAAGUUCUUCUGAAACUCCCUAUGCUAACAGCAGCAUGAAAGCAGAACUGCGCAGUGGCUGCAGCAGAUAUGGCAGGGGUUUGCUUUGAGCUGAGCGGUGUUGGUCACUUCAGCCUUUUGAGUUGAACUGAACGUGGGAAUAUUAUCUGCCAAGAGAAGCAGCUUGUAGAAGUUGUGUUAUGUUGCUUUUUUCAUUGCAGACCUGAAAAACACUGUACAUGGAACUUCCAGCCAACACUUGAAAUACAUGCUCUGAUUGCUUUGUGUGGAGGGCUUGUUUUCAUGUUAAUAUUGCAAGGUAACAUAUAAGACCAUGAAAAUACAACGUUCUUUCAUCCAGACGAGGCAGAACUGAUUUAGCUCGGAAGAGUGUUUUAUUGCUAAAUGAAAGUGUCAGUUCAGUUUUUAUCCUGCUUUCGAUAAAGGAGGGAGAAACAGUUUCCAGAGUCUCAGCAGAAGAUAGAAGCUGAUUCCCUUGGCUAGUCAAUGGCCGUGUGCUAGAGACAACAGCAAACCACGUCCUUUUAUCCAAAGAGCACAGAUCCAGUGGAGGAACCUUGUUCUGUUGGCUUUGGGUACCCCAUUACCUGAGCCAUCAUAGUGCUGGCUGACUGCUGGCCCAGGAGCACCAGGAUAUGAGCACUGGGCACCGUGCUGUGUAGCCUUAAGAGCCAGACUCCGAAGCCAGAAACGGAGCUGAUGUGUUGAGGCUUCCAAGAACAGUAUGUUUGAUGUUUAGAGGGUGGCCUGAAAAUGCAGGUGUUUCUGCCACCUCCUUCCACUCUCAGUUCCCUUGCCAUCUCAUCUGGAAACAGAAACUUGGUGCGUGCUUCAUGUUUGCGUCCUCUGAAGGCUUCCAGUGUCUCCCCAGGGACAGAGCCAGCAAUCCUGCUGAAGUAAGAGCUGCUCCCUCCUUCUGCCUGGCAUCAGUCUUCUAAGUCGCUGCCAUUUAUUUUAGAGCAUUCACUGGGGAAGUGGGUGACCUGGGUUCAGUGCGUUCCUCAAUCUGUUCAUCUCUCACUUCCCAUGAGACAGUCUAACUGCCGGCCCCCCAGCUAUUCUGGGUGAAGCCAUGCCUCCCAGUAAUGGGGUGUUUCUGCUUCCUUUCCCACUGUUGGUCAGCAGCUUUUUCCAGAGUGAAGUGAGCAGGGCUUCAUGUUGUGAGGAGCUGUCAGGGUUCAUUUGGCUUGCUGGGAGCUGGGUUCCAGACCCCACUCCUCUGGGCGUUCAGGGGUAUCAUCCCUCUAUCUUUGUGUGCCUGUGAAUGAGAGUGGAAAAAUGCAGCUCCUUGGAGAUGCUGGGCUGGUGUGGGUGCAGAAAGCUUGCAUGUGAAUCAGAGUGAGAUCACAGAGUGCAGGUGGUUGAGGGAGAGGGACUUUACUGAGACUGGACUUCAGGGCUUAAGUCAGGUCUAUAAACUGCCUCGUUUAAGGUAUUUGUUUGGUGGUAACUCCUUGAAGCCCUUCUCUGCUUUUUGUUCUGCACCCAAGGAUCCCAGUGGAUCAGCCAGGAUCUCUACUGCUGCUCUGAUAAACAUUUCCAAGGUUUAUUAAAUGUGCUCUCUGACGUUCUUUUGUGGAGACAGUAAUUUGACAGUCAUCACGUGAGAAACUCAGAAUUUGCCAUCUGGCCUGGCAAGACUUAGUUCUUCUCACCAUUAAUUAAACUGACAUUAUUGCACGCUUUUAUGAUGGUGGUUAUGAUGUGUCCUGUGAUAACACCAGGGCCGGUACUGAGGCAUGCACAGCACCUUCCACUCGCAUGACGUUUGUGGGCGGUACAGCCGAGCACCUCCGGACUUCAGUGUCAGCUCUAAUAACUGAGUUUCAGGGCCCCACUCAGGCACCUUCCCCUGGAGCGGGUUCUUCUGGUUCUGAGGGGAUGGUUUCACAAGUAGGAAGAUGUAGCUGGGGGGAAGAAGGGAGCAGCUGCUUGGCUGUAAUAGAGUUGUAUGACAUGCCCUGACAGGAGAUCUUACUGACCACAGCUUUGCCCUGCUUGGUGAGACUGUGACCAUUAAUGGGAAAGUGGAUCGGCAGUAACAGAUAGAGCAGGGAGCAAAAAGAGAGGAAGGAAGUGAAAUAGAGUGACAGCUGAAGGCAGCUGCAAAAAGCAGAUGGGGACAGACAGGUUAUGUGACAUGCUCCAGGUCACAUGAGCAGUGUGUGUCAGAGUGAGAAACAGCACCUGGAUCUCUCAAUUGUGAAGCUGUUGCUCUUGGCACUGCGUCACCCUGACUGCAAACAAAACACCGAGAUUGACUUUGCCUGCGUCCUUCUUAUGCCUACAAAUGUGCCCACUUGCCAGCUUCAGAGCCAGCAGUCCACACCAUGUGCCCAAUGCAAGCCUGAUGCUUCCACACGAGGUCCAGAACUGUCAGUGUUGGGACCAGAGAGACUAAUAGGAAAACUUAAAGUUUUUAAGUCUGCAGCCAGCCAGCCCAGCAGCUCCUCUGGAAGGGUCGUUGUUCCCACCUUCCACCUCUUGCAGAGCAUCCAGACGACGCAGCGGGGAGCUGGGCACUGCUUGCCAGCACUCAGCAAUGUGCUGUUGAAUCACUGGGCCACAAAGCAUGCUGAGGGCCAUCAGUCAAGUCUGUACCACCCCAGUUUGGUUUGGACAGGAGACAAUGAUACAGGUUAUGAGAAAACCAAAGUGACUGACAUCUGCAACGUUCCUAACCUUGUUCAUCCAGCACGUCAUUCCAGCACAGAAUUCAACCAUGUUGGCCAGUUGGUUCCUUUCCCAAAGUUGGCCUUAAAGGACACACAACAGAAAUCUGCUCUCAGCCAGUGCCUGCAGAUGUAGCCUGCUCACACUUGCACAAACAGUGUGCACUUACCUCUACUGCACCCCAUUAAUGGAUAGAUUACUGGACGGAGCCCAGCUGUGUGAUGGUGCUGGCACACUCAGCAAGAAGCAGCAAUCCUUGCUUUGAGCACCAGCCAUCACAGAGGACCUGAGCAGUGAACUGAGCAUACAGCAGCCUGCAGGAGAGAAGCAAAGCUUCCAUUCUGCUGUGACACCCGGCCCCUACCUGCACAGAGCAGCUGUCACUGCCAAGGAGACACCAGGUAAACUCAGGAAAAGUGAAACAUGGUGAGAAGAAAGGGGGAAUGAACCAAAGAGACAGAAUCUGCCAAUAACACCAAUGUAAACACAGGCCUAGUUUUUAUCUUGUGCAGAGAGAUUGUUUUUGAGAACAAAUGCGGAGUGAAAUGGAUUCAUAUACCUCUGUACCAGGUGCAAUCAUUAGUCAGUAAAUGAAUUACACAUAAUUA